AUGCAGACAUUUUGUGAGAAUUUUCCGGAUGAGUUAUUGGAGGAAAUUAUGUCAUGGUUGCCUCCUGAUUCUCUUAGACGAUUCAAGUUUGUUUGUAAGUCAUGGCGUGUUCUGAUCACUUCUUUUAUAAAAAACCCUGCAUUUGUGGACAAACACCUUGCCAAUAUGAAGAACAAUAAGUUACGGUCUCCGUUUAUACAAUUCAGGAAUGUAUUAACCACUAGGAACCCUGAAAGCCAAAAAGGAAAUCAUUUCCUUACAUUGUUCAGUGAUGACUACGAUGAUCUUGACGAUACUUCUUACAUUCCUGAAAAUCUUAAGUUUCUUACGUGUUAUUCUUCACUUAAACUGGUUGGCCAUUGUAAUGGCAUCAUAUGUCUCUCUUCAUAUCAUAUGAAUGGCGUGUUUGUAUUAUUGAAUCCUACCUUGAGGGAACUCAAGGUUGUUUCUAAUGCCUACCCUGGUGAUGACUCAUCAUCGGUAGGAGUUGCAUUUAAUUAUGAUUCAAGAGCUAAUGAGUAUAAAGUUGUUACCAUUAAGUCUAUAAAUAAAUAUGGGUAUGGGGAUGGUCCAUAUAAAGCUGAGGUAUUCACCUUGAGUACUAACUCUUGGAAAGAAAUCGAGUUGGGUAUGGAAAUUCUAUACUUUCCAAGUUUUGACUACCAAGUGGUGUACUGUGAUGGAGUUUGUUAUUGGUACUUUUGGUACAGGACUUGCACCAUUCUUUCUUUUGAUGUUAGUGACGAGGUAUUUAAGAUCAUACCAUUUAAUGUCCCAUUCAUAGAAAGAGAAUGGGUUACGCUUUCUAAAUGGACAAAGCUUGUGGUUUGGAAUGAUCGUCUUGUUCUGUUUUUCUAUCCUGAGUUGGAUCCAAUAGUUAUUGAUAUGUGGGUAAUGGAUGCCUCUUCCGAUGGUGUUCGAGGUGAUUAUUCUUGGUCUAAACAUCUAACUAUUGGUCCACUAGAAAACAUUAAAUACCCACUAGAAUUUUGGGAUGCUGAUAUGCUCUUCAUGGAAACCAAAGAUGGUGAGUUCGUCUUCUACAACAUUCACAGCAAAGAACUCGAUGAUCACAUCGUCUCCUUGGGACCGUGUCAUGGGAAUUUUGGGGCUCUUUCUUAUGCAAAGAGUUUGGUUUCAAUACUUAAAAGAGAGGACAAUUAG